AUGUCGAUCGUCUCCCUGGAGAGAAACGACCGGGGCGAAUCCCGGUUCCCCGGCUGUUCCAAUAUUCGUGAUUUCGAAUUCAUUGGCAAACUGGGGGAAGGAACUUUUGGGGAGGUCUACAAGGCUCGAUCAAAGAAAGACAAUACUAUUGUCGCCUUGAAGAAGAUUCUCAUGCAUCAUGAGAAAGAAGGUUUUCCAAUCACAGCCAUCCGUGAGAUCAAGCUUCUCAAGGCUCUCUCCCAUCCCAACAUUCUCCAGCUAAAGGAAAUGGCUGUUGAACGCAGCAAGGGCGAGGGACGAAAGAAGCCCAGCAUGUACAUGGUGACUCCGUACAUGGAACAUGAUCUUUCGGGACUGUUGGAGAACCCUGCUGUCCAGUUCACCGAGCCUCAGAUCAAGUGUUAUCUUUACCAACUACUUGAGGGUCUUCGGUACUUGCAUGAGAAUCAAAUCCUUCAUCGAGACAUGAAAGCCGCCAACCUUUUGAUCAGUAAUGGUGGCAUUCUUCAGAUUGCCGAUUUUGGUCUGGCACGACCGUUUGAUGAGCCUCCACCACAAGCCGGAAAGGGCGGCGGCGAGGCUCGCCGAGAAUACACGGCUUUGGUUGUGACACGAUGGUAUCGACCACCCGAGCUGCUGCUGCAGCUUCGCAAAUACACGUCUGCCAUCGACAUGUGGGGAGUUGGCUGUGUCUUUGGUGAAAUGUUCAAAGGCAAACCUAUCCUCUGCGGCAGCAGUGAUCUGAACCAGACUCAGCUCAUCUUCUCCUUGGUUGGCACGCCCACCGAGGAGAACAUGCCCGGAUGGAGCUCUCUCCCAGGAUGUGACGGGGUUAAGAGCUUUGGGCACAAGCCGGGCAACCUUGCCCAGGUCUUCAAAGACCAAAGCCCUCUGGCCGUGUCACUCCUCACGGAGCUCUUGAAACUGGACUGGCGCAAACGAAUCAACGCUAUCGACGCCCUCAAGCAUCCCUACUUCACAACCCCUCCUCUCCCCGCCAAACCCGGCGAAAUCCCGCAUUACCAAGAUUCCCACGAACUCGACCGCAAGAAAUUCCGUGACCAGAGAGCACCGCAACCCCCGGUGCCCGCCAUGGGCCCGACCGAUCCAACGUCGAACGGUGGCUGGACUGGUCCAGGUUCCCGACCUGAUCCCCGCAACAGCAAUUACAACCACAACCAUAGCCGGAUUCCUGGUGGCGUACGCGGUGGUCGACCUCAUGGACCGCCCGGGGUGCCACAUCGCCGUGGACCUUUCCCAUCCCAGCGAGACAACGGUCUUCCACCCCGUCCGCCUGUUCCCGCAGGUGGCGUCCCGCCUCCCCCCUGGGAAGGAUCACAGAGCGGUCGUUCUGAGGGACGAGAUGACCAGCGCAGAGAGCGGUUCCCGCAGGGUCAGGGACGGCUAAGCAGCGGGAGAAUUCCGCAGGGUGGUAGUGGUGGUGGUGCAGGGGGUGGUGGUCAUAACGUUGACUCUUAUGUGCCCAGUUACAGCGGCAACUCGCAUGAUCGGGACCGAGAUCGAGGUCGAGACUCGGGAGAUUACAGUUCUCAUUCUAAUCAGGACUGGAGAGCUGGUGGGACGGACGAGACUAUCGACGAGAACCGCCUCGGCGAAGAAGUCGAAGUCCGGGGUAUAGGGAUCCAGGGCGUGGUUGAGUUGGUCGCAUCCUCGACAUACACCAUCUCCCCUUUUCCUCCCCGUUCUCUCUUUCUCUCUCCCUCUCUGUUCUGUCCUUCCUGA